GCUUAAAUUGCGCAUUGGCGGCCUAACUAGCUAGCUAGCUAGCUAUGCUAGCGCUCACAAUCAAUUUUCCAAUAAAUAAAUAAAUGGGAGUUAAAACAUGGCGGAGUCUGUACGCGGAGUUCUGCUAUUGGUUACAAUUUCUGUUUUAUUUUCAUCAUGUCAAGCAACAACACAUUGGGUAGUAACAGAAGAUGGAAUGAUUACACAACAGUUGGAUUCAGUGUUCAACCUUCGAGAGCCCUACAACUUGAUCGCAGUCCUCGGGCAGGAGAAGCGCUCCAAGGAGGUGAACCUCCUGGAGGAGAGUCUCCGGCUCCAGAAAGUUAGCAUCGAAGCCAAUGAAGACAAGGAUACGGAUCUGGAGCAGCGCUUCCUGGAGACAGAUGGAGACUGCGUGGCUGCGGGGAGACCGCUGUCGGAAUUUGAGCUUUACAUCAGCACAGCUCUGUCGCUAGAACAAAAGGAUAUCAACCCGUUGGACCACAUGAAGAUGAAGAUCGGUGAAGUGAAGAAGUUCCGUCAGCCAAACUGCUCAAGGGUCCUAGAACUGACCUACAGCAUACAUGCAUUUGACCAUCUAAAGGCUAUACAGGAGAGACAUAACAUCAGUAGCUUCCCAGAACCUGAGCUCAUGUAUCUGCUGCCCUCUGUUGGUAGCUUAGAGAAUGCUGGUCACAUGAUCUACAAGGCCAUGUCUAAGAACAAAACCUCCUGGGUUCUCUUCAACCUGGCAGCCUACUACUGGCGGGUCAAAGGUCGUCCGGAGCAGGUCAUCGAGUGCUCAAGGAGGGCACUGCACUUCUCACCUCAUGAGCACAAGAACGUUGCAUUGAUGAAUAUGGCUAACGUCCUGCACCGAGGCCAUCUUUCUGCGGAUGCGUCGGUUCUGGCUGAAGCAGCCCUGGAGGGAGAUCAGGAGAUUGAUAUUGUGUACUUCACCCUGGGAAAUAUCUAUGCGGCAAUAGGAGAGUACAACAAGUCUAGCUGGUGUUUUGGUCAUACCAGUCGCAUCAAUUCGGCCUUGGGGGCAGCAGAGAAGAGACAGCAUGCCGUCAAAUGCCAUCAGAAACUAGAGAGGGCGCUAGAAGCUCAGCAUUCGUCAUUGCAGAGAACCCUGUCUGAAUUGAAAGACUACCAAACCAAGCAAGAAUACUUUCUUGAGCUUCAGAAGAAGAUGUUGACUAUUCAACGCAAGGCUGAAGACCAGUACGAAGCAAACCUGAGCUACCAGAAGCACCGCUUCCUACAGGAGAUGGGUGAGAACCCCCGAUGUGAGGUCAGCCAGCUAGGUUCAGGGACUCAGUUCUUGAUGUGCCGGAGGGACGGGAUUCCAGAGACCGAUGUUUACGGCCAACCCUUUGAUGACGAGAAGGAGAUCGAAGUACUCGAUGAGUCUCGUUUCCAGAACAACUGUGUAGUUUUCCCCGAUGGGGACAAGAACUGCUUAAACCUAAGCGGAACUGGAGGUCCACCGGAGCAAAAGCUAUAUAUGGCCUCACAGGACACGGCCCCACAUGGUACGGCCCCUCAGGGUUCAGCCCCACAUGGUUCCGUGUCUCAGGGUACGGCCCCACAUGUUUCGGCCUCUCAUGGGUCAGCCCCACGUGGUACAGUCCCCCAUGAAACGGUCCAGAGAGAUUCGGUGUCUUUGACACAUCUCCCUGAUAAAAUAGAACAACCCAGUGAUUCGGAGUGCGCUAGAUGGAAGGGCAUCAACGUGAGUUGGAAAGAGUUUGCACAACGACUUGUGCCGAUGGGACUAAAUGAAAGUCUAGAAGCAUUGAAAAAGAAUGUGGGAAUGCCGGCUGACUACCCCCACUCGAACGCCCCCAGCUGCUCCCAUAGAGCACCACUCUUCAAUGGCAAUACAGGCGUAGACUUCAUCGAAGGAAUCGCAAAUAGGGAAUUCCUACCAAAUGUCGGCUGCCCAAUUAAACUCAUGAUGGUCUUUAGAAAGUAUCUGGAUGCUCAGAAUCUGAUGGGCAGAGAGUUUGAUUACCGUGUAACAUAUGCCAUGUCAACGAGAACGGAUUAUAAAGAUAUAUGGCUGAUAUACAGUGCAGCAGCUAUUUACUGGCGGGUUCACCCGGACGAUGGUAAAUCUAUUGAAUGCCUACGGAGGGCACUUUUCUAUGCACCAGUUGACCGUGUUGAUGUUCCACUCACCAACAUGGCGAUGGCCAUGGUCGACCAAGAACGCUAUGAAGAUGCAAUUCAGAUUCUGCGUAUGGCUCUGGUUGUAGAUAGUAUGAAGCCUACAACCCGCUACCUGCUUGGCUGUUUGUAUGCUGCGCUUGGUCAAUACCGUCAAGCCAGACAGGAGAGCUCUCUAGCCUACAAUCUUGAUCCAGAGUCCUCGGAUGCUUUUGAGGUCUAUUCCAGGAUCAGAUGUCUGCUGAAGGCAGGAGAAAAGGAUAAGCCCAACCCAAUGAAUGAAGCCAAAACAGGCCAGGGUAUAUUGGGGAAGUCAGGGCUAUAUGGAGCAGUUCCUGCGUGCGUCCAAGGCCCGCCCCAAGGGGAACAGACGGGUCAGAGACAGCCUUCGGGUGGACCUCCAGGGGCGAGUACUAACCCUCUGAAUAAUCAAGUUGAUUUCAAGUCCUGCAAUGCAGGCUCAGUGCCUUCAACAGCUUUUGGUCCUCAGAUACCAGCCGCUCCCGCUCCUGAUGUAGAUGUGAAUAAACUCUUUGCGAAAAGAGACAGUCACUGGCCCACAGUAGAACAGUGUGCUGGAUACAGGAAACUUAAUCUCAAGGCUUUUUAUAGUACGUGGAUCUCCAUUACUGCUAAAGAUAUGAGACUGGAUGAUUACAUUGACUUCCACUCCCAGCUAACAAGGGAGGAGUUACAGAUCCAACCGUACUGCGAUGCUAAACUUCCGGCCAGCAUGCAUACAUUAGAUCAUAUACCUGCCAUGGCUCUGAGAGGAACUCUGACGUACGAAGCAGAACAAGGUCUCAAGGAGGUGAUUCAGUCUAUUAACGGUGGAUACAUGGAUCAUGAUGAGGUCGGGACAAGGGUUGCCAAACUCUUGGAGAAGGAUCCUGAGUCUUGGGUAGCAACAAACAUGGCUGCCCUCUACUGGCGAAUAGAGGGAAAGUCUUUGAAUGCCUUGCACUGCCUCCGACAUGCUCUUCAUUACUCCCCAUCAGAUAUGAAGGACCUUGCGAUGGUCAGCAUCGCCAAUAUUUUUCACCGAGUUGGGAUGUACGAAGAUGCUGCAACCGUUGCGAAGAUGGCCAUUGAUAUCUCGCCACAGCUUGUCAUUAAUCACUUCACCUUGGCUAAUAUCUACUCGUCGAAGGGUCAGUGGGAUCAUGCUUUGGAUUUCUACCAAUCCACCCUGAGGCUGCAACCAGACUUUCAGCCGGCCGUCGAGAGACUUAGAACCAUACAGUGUAACGUUCUCCAGCUGACUGCCAACAAGAAUCCAGCAUAGGCUACAUGCAUUAUCGUAAUAAGACACCGUUCUCAUUAUACUUUCUAAAACUGGUUUACUGAAACCGGUUCAGGAAACCAGUUUGGAAGAUCGCUUUGCUAGCGCUCCCAUUUGAUCACCCGAAAGUGGUUUUCAAACUUCACGUAUAGCGGUCUUGUUGCUAUGGGAACACUCUCAGUUGGGUGACAUGUUUCGCACGAAAUUUGAAACUGCAGCGUAGGCAUUCCACAUAUAGUGUGUGGAGUAGCGCGCUCGAAAUGUGUGAAGAUCGCCUCCCCAAGAACGGUUGUGUCCCCACUUACGCUAAAACCAGUUUAACGAGUCAAAGCGAUCUUCAAAACUACAUCGCGAGUUGGUUUUCUGAACCGGUUUGGAAGAUCGCUUCCAAGACCGCUUCGACCGUUCUCAUUACAUGUUAAACUAGUUUCCACUAAACUAGUUUUAGGACGGUAGUGAGAAAGUUGUCUUAGAUUACUUGACAGUCCUGUUUUUUGUAUCAAUAUGGAAAACGCAAAUAUUGGAGGCAAACUUAUAUUUAAUUACCAAAAUUUUAUUGUAAAAAUCUUAUUUUUCAUUAGCAGGGAUGUAGUCAAGGCCAACUUUGAGGCUACAUUUUGCCAGCCUCGGCCUCGGCCAUGAGUCGCGUGUUCAAAGUCUAUGGGAGAAGGUUUUUUCCAGCGUCCUGGUGAUUCAGCUGCAUGCCUUCAUUAGACUCUCAACAUUAAACUUUAGUGCCAUCAAUUGUGCCAUUCUCAUUACAUCCAGUUUUAACUGGUAAAAAUUGUAUCUUUACAUUCGAUUUAAAUGACAUUUCAAUUUUACUAAGGUCCUCAUGGAUCUUUAUUUUGAUGUAUGAGAAUCAAUUUGAAGAAGCACCUCUUACAUGUGCAGUUUACAAUUUGAGAAUAUUGUAUUAGGAGGAAGUACAAUUUGUAAUAAUUAUAAUGAAAAAAUAUGAUAUUUUUAUAUUUCACUAUUUACGUAUAUCUAAUAUCGUUAUCGCGAGGGGCUUUAUGAGACACAGAAAGGUUUAAUAGAAGGAAGAAUAUGAAAGGCUGUCUAAAUUAGUGAGAAAAUUAGUGUUCACAUCGAAUCAGAUUCUGCACCUCCUCUUUCAAUUUUUACUAAGGAGAUGAUGUCGCUAAAAACUUUUCAGUGUUUUUAUGCCUUUUAUUGGCAGGGCAUGCUAAAGAAAUACAUACAGCCCAUAUUUCGGGGGAAAAGGUCCAUGAACGCCCAAGAUAUGACCUCAUGAAUAUAUAACAAGCCCCAUUAAAGUCUAUGUAUCGUCGUUCUGUUUCUAAAAGUUUAGAAUCACGUCAACCAAUUGGUGUUAUUGUUUUGGGUGUUUUUUUUUGACGUCACACUUUGCUAAUCUAUUCUUUAUUAUUUUCUUAAUCCUUAGAUAGUUGUCAUAUAUUUUAAACUUAUGUGUAAAAUGUCUGAAAGCAUAUUAUGUAAGUGGGGAAGCCAAUUCCAGUUGUCCAGCUUAAUGCAUUUAAUCUUAUAUAGUUCUAGCUGUACGUACAAGUUUAAAAGGCAUCAAUAAAAAGCAGGAAAGCAUUCUUUCAUAUCCAGUUAUAUUCAAAUUAACAAUAUUUUGAUCAAUUUUUAUCAUCAGUUCUUUAGGUUUUAAUUGCCUUUAUUUUGAUACAUAUUGUAUUGCUUUUUGGAUGAAUCUUGUAAUAUUAUCAACAACUGACCAUUUGUUCUUGUCUAGCGCAAAAGUAAUUUUACAGCUGGUUUGGGGGGAAAAUUAUGUUAAAAGGUACUCCAGGCUGAUAAUAAUAUGUUUUGAACAGAUAAAGAAAAUUCACACAAACAAAACACUGAAAGUUUGAACAAAAUCGGACAAGAAAUAACAAAGUUAUAAGAUUUGCAUUAUUUCUGUGAAACAGUUCUAGGCAUGUCUUUAUUAAUAUUCAAUGAGCAAACUGAUGAUGUCAUAUCUCUACUUCUUGUUCUUUGUAUUUUAUUAUAUGAAAUUAUGUUAAUUCAUUUUUUCCAAUCAAGAAAAAAAAAUUGAAUGACAACUGAUUUGGUGCAUUAGAUAUUCAUUGCUGCAACUUAUUUCAUUUCAAGGGAGACAUAUCAUUCAGACAUGGAUGAAAUAAUAUAAAAAUGAAAGUGGGGAUGUGACAUCAUCAGCCCACCUAAUGAAUAUUAAUGAUGAUGUACAUAUAACUGCUUUCACAAUAUAUUGCUAAACUUUAGAAUUCAUUAACUUUGCUAUUUGUUAUCAGAUUUGAUGAAAUUUUCAGCAUUUCUGUGAAUUUUACUCUAUUUACUUAGAUAUAGAUAUUUUCAGCCCAAAGUUUAAGGAUGUAUAUUCAUUAUUGCAUUUGUGUCUUUUGUUCAGUGGUAAAAUCAUGUGUUUUUAAAUGAAUAUAAAUUGGCAAUACAAUUAAUUUUCCUGCUUUCUGUCCAAAUAAGCAAAGUUCUUCAAUUAAGCUCUAAACCUUCAAUCAUUAUUUAUUUCUAAGGCACAAUCUAUAGAAUGAUCUAUGCUUCAAGGAGAUAAAUUUUUACAGAUCUUGCCAUUUUGAAGAAAGUGAGAAGAUCGAUUCAUAUAAUUCAGUGUCUAAAAUGAGUUGCGUCAAAGCAGUAGGGGGGGUAGGAAUGUGUUCAUUUGCCGGGAUAGCUAAAUUGAGAUUAAUUGUCUGAAUAAAAAAUGGAGGCUUCAUGAGGCUAAAUCUUUGCGCAAUAACAGUAAUAAUCAUGAUAAUGAUGAUGAUAAUAAUGGAGAUAAAAACAAUAAUAUUCAUAAUAUUAAUAUUGAUUAAAAAAAUUACUACAACAUUAACAAUGAUAAGAAUUUGAUGUAUGCAUAAUUUGUCAAUUGGAUGUGUAUUUGUUUAGUUUAUGUUUGUAGUAUCCAUGUGUUUAAUUAGAACAGACAUUCAAAGUCUGACACAAUACUGAAAGUCAAUCUACACAGACACUAAAUACUAAUGAUGCAAUGGCCUGUAUUUUCAAAAGAGGUUUUAAUUGUACCAUGGUACAAAACCACGGACUGAAGAUUUCUGCUAUUAUCGCACUUUAAUCAGACGCCCUUUCCCAAGAGCGUGGAUUUGUAAUUGGACUUUUAUUAGUGUACGCGAUGAAAUAAGGUUAAAUGGUUAAUUAUGUACACAAACCUGCAUUGUCCAUGGUUUUGUGCCAUGAAACAUUUGGAAUCCCUCUUGAGAGUACGGGCCUAUGAGACUCUAUAGUCGGUUUCAAUAUCUUAUGAUUAUAGUGUGUGAUGAUUUGGAAUUAUUGUUUUAAUUUCAUCGUUUUAUGAUGAGGUUUAGUAAUGAACCGAACUUGUUCUUUUUAUGAGACACAUUCUUACGCUAUUAAAGAAUCACCGAAUAAAUACUGAAAUUUAAUUUCUUCAAGUAUAAACUAUGAAA